AUGUCCCAUUUCGCACCCGACUGGGCAAAGUUCAUCGAACAACUCGGCGAACCCCUAACCUUUUCAGGCACCACCAUUGAAGAGCUCACAAACAAAUGGGAAAAUCACCUCGCCCCCAAAUUCAUGGCCAUAUGCCAAUACCCCCCGCCCGACAUGUCCGUCACCACCGAAGACAUCACGCUCGAGAACAUCCGCCUACGCAUCUACACGCCACCCUCAGUGACAGGCACCGAGCCGGUCGGCAUCUUCAUCCACGGCGGCGGCUGGAUCAUGGGCAGCAUCGAGCAGGAGGACAUGCCAUGUCGAGAGAUGUGCAAGGCCAACCACAUGAUGAUCGUCAGCAUUGGCUACCGGCUCGCACCGAAAUGGAAGUUCCCGACAGCGCUCGACGACUGCGUACAAGGCACCCUGUGGGCCAUCUCGCAUCUCUCGCUAUCCAAGUUCGUGCUGAUGGGCGGGUCAGCCGGCGCAAACCUUGCAUUUGGCGUCGCGCUGAAACUCAUCGUCGCGGGCCUCGAGGAGAAAAUCAAGGGUGUGCUGGCGCUGGUUCCAGCCGUCGUGCAUCCCGACGCAGUGCCAGAGGACAAGAAAGCGGAGUAUACGUCGUGGUGGGAGAAUGGUGACCGCACGAUCAACACUUUGACGACGAUGCAGACCUUCGUCUCGUAUUAUGACCCGGAUCCGUACGAUCCGUACUUUUCGUGUCUGCUUCACCCGCGCCUGAAGGACUUGAAUAAGGUGUAUAUUGUUGAGUGCGGAGCAGAUACGUUGCGGGAUGAUGCGCGCUUGAUGAAGCAGGCAUUGCAAGAGGCCAAGGUGCCGCUGGUUUAUGACGCGUAUGAUGGGUAUCCUCAUUAUUCAUGGAUGUUUCCGGCGCCGGUGUUGAAGAGGCAUGUUGAGGAGUUUAAUGCGAACUUGACGCGCGCAUUGGAUUGGUUGAAUGAGUGA